CUUCUAUUCGUAAAUGGUUUACAAUGACACUUAUCGUAAUCGUCACUGCCGGUCUUCUUCUUCCCCUUAGCCUCCUCCUUUUCCUCUUCCUUCACCGACGUAAUCUCCCCAGGCCCCUAUACGAACCCUCAGGAUUAAGCAUAGGAGCAAUAUUCGACAGUAGUCUCCCUAAUCCCCAAGAUGAACCCCCAGGAUUAAGCAUAGGAUCAAUAUUCAACAGUAGUCUACCAAAUCCCCAAGAUGAACCCUCAGUAUUAAGCAUUAUAAGAUCAAUUUCCAACGUUAGUUUCCUUGAUCCCCAAGAUGAUCCCCCAGAUGAUCCCCAAGAUGAACCCUCUGGUGGAUUAUCUUCCACACUCGUGCAGAAGCUUCCCCAAUUCAAAACUUCCAAACCAGCCAGACCAGACGGAAGCGAAUGCGUUGUUUGCCUUGAUGGAUUCAGAAAGGGACGAUGGUGUCGGAGACUUCCCGGUUGCGGACACGUGUUCCAUAGGAAGUGUGUGGACACUUGGUUCCUCAGAGCUGAUACAUGCCCAACAUGUCGAGCUAGUGUUAGGUUGACGGAGUAAGAUGCACAACAAGGAUUAUUGUGGAAGAGAUGAUUGGGUCUUGGAUAGUGUUGUUUUGGUUUUAGAAGAAGUAGUUUGCUAGACUUGUAAAGCUGUUAUUAAUGUAUUAUUCUUUAUUCAUCAUCUUCUUCACUCAACAUGACCUCAUUUAGAACUACAGAAGAAAGAUUUUAAAACCAUUUUGUUUCCUCUUAUCGAUCAAAUAAUUAGUUGAUUGCAAAAUAUACUCUCUCCAUUUUCAAAAGUAAGAUUUUCUUCUUGUUUCACAAAGAUAGAUUUUAUAUAUUUUUAAGAUAUUUUUGUAUAUUUAUGAAAAACAUUAAUCACAAAUAUUUGGAUUGAUUAGAUUUAAUUGGUGGAGAGUAAUUAGAAAGUAUAUAGAAAAAUAAAUAAUAAAUUAAACUGUAAACAUUUAUUAUAUUUUUAAUAAGUCUGAAAUCUAUAUAAAAUCUUACUUUUGGGAACGAAUGUAGUAUUUUAUUUGCACAUUAGUGAGACUGAUCAAGAAAGAUUGUGGAGUUUAUAGUUAAGUUUGAUGUGGUAACAAAAUUCAUGCUAGCUGCUUGAUACCAUAGCAAAAGGAAUUGUUAGUGAAAAGGCGUCAAAGAUUAUGAAUGGUUCUUUAGAUGGGGUAAACCAAUAUCAUAUCUAUUUAUAUUGAUCUCGUGCUGUUAGUGUAUGGAAUGAUUAUACCUAUUGUGUGAUAUCUCAUAGGUAGAAGAUCCUGAAUUGUUAGAUUAUGUUUAAAGGUCAACUCUCUCUCUGACCCGCUUCCCAAUGUCAAAUCCAUGGGCUUCUGCCCACUGUGCUUCCGCCCUGUUUCCGUCGACUCUCGCCGCCGGUGAAGAGCCUAGCCUAAUCCCCCCUCGCCCACCCGACCCUCCUGACCCUGCCAGUGCCUCCCCUCGCCUCUCUCUCACUCAUUACCCUCCUCUUUCACCAAACAACCCAACUGCUCGUGCCUUAGCCUCCCCUUCCUCCAAUACUAAGGCUCGUUCUAUCACCUCCCCUUCAACUGCCAAUCGGCUAUCUUCACCCACUGAUACAGAGAUGGAUUGUGUGGAUCCUUCCUCUGUUUCUGAAACUAGAUCUGACCUUCCCAGAUCUGUAACUACUGCUGAUUCAAACCCUUCAACUGAAAACUUUACUACCCUUCCCCCUAGGUCUAGCUCCCCCCUCCAUACAAACAACGCCUCAAACCUUCCUUCUAACCCAAAUACUGGUGAUUCAAACUCACCUUUCCCUUCCUUUCCAGAAAAACAAACUGAACCACCGUCUGCCCCAAUUCUUGAUUCCCCUCCUCUUGCACAGGGGAGCAAAACCCAACCCACUCCACCAAAGCCUUCUCUCGUUGAAAGGAUUCGACGAUUUGAAGACAAAACCCUGUCGCGCCUGGCUCCAGUUACCCUAUCAGCUUCAGGAAGGCCCUCAGUUCUUAUCCCUGAUGCUGUUUUCCAGAAAGGUGCUGAUCUCCAUAAGGACUUUAUUGUCUGUUGUUUCAACGGCAGGCCUCCUCCCUACAGUCAAAUACAAAGCGUUCUAAAUCACAUGUGGGGCAAAGGGAGAAAGCUGGAGAUUCACAACAACCCUGCUCAAAGAACAGUUUUAGUGAGGAUUCAAAGUGACUACCUCAAACAGAAGAUUCUGGAGAAAGGAUACUGGUAUGUAGGUGAUUCAAUGUUCUAUACGAUCCAGUGGACAUCCGUUCAUACAUCUCAAUCUCCAUCGCCAAAAUCAAUCCAGCUUUGGGCUCACUUAACAGGCGUCCCUCUUGACUUGCGCCAUCAACAAGGUUUAAGCUUAGUUGCUGGAUUAGUGGGAGAGCCAAAAGAAACAGAUGACUUUACUAAAAACCUGGUUAGUCUUACCCUCUCUCAUGUCAAAGUGGAGCUUGACUUGACAAAGCCUGCUCCUGAUGUGGUUGAGUUUACUCGAGAAUCUGGCGAAGUUGUGGAAGUGCUAGUCUCCUACCCCUGGCUCCCUCCUUCCUGCUCUCAUUGCAAAGAGUUAGGACAUAUUGCAAAGAAUUGCCUCCUGCUUCCAUUCGCUCAGCCCCCUCCGCCACCUGAUCGCUCUGCCAAAAAAGCCCCCUCAAACCGCAAUCUUCCUCCAAAAUAUGUCCCUAAGCAACCCACCCCUAAGCCUGGCCCUACUUCCAUCUCAACCCCUUCAGCCUCAACCGUUUCUUUUUCUCCCCCAGUGACUAUUUCUCCCCCUUCAAGUACCGUCCCUCCACCUGUAUCUUCAAAAUCACCCUCUCCUCAAUCCUUCAAACAUCUUUCCUUGCCUGUUCUCCCUGAUUUUUCCUCCCUUCAAAGUCCCCCCAACCCACGCCUAAGGCUGUCUCUAAAGCGUUCUCGCUCUGACCCUUCCUUAUCACCACCUAAUUCCUCCCUUUUGCAAUCCCAUGUCCCACCUAACCCCAUCCAAACCAGUGAACCACCACCUAAUUCCUCUCUUUUUUUAACCCUGCCCUCCUCUUCCUCUUCCUCUUUUGACCCUAACCAUUUCUCUAUUUUGGCUUCUGACUCUUCCUUUUCUAAAGGAGAGUUUCCCCCCACCUCUUAGAUGUGUACAAAACUAUUUUUUUGGAAUGUUCGGGGUCUAAAUGACACGGACAAGCAUGCCCCUUUUUGUGAUUGGCUAAAGUCCCACCAGCCUCUUUUUGGUACUAUUUUAGAAACCCAUAUAAAGGAACAGAAUCUAGCCCCUCUUAUGUCUACCCUUUGUCGUGGUUGGAAUUACUUUUCAAACCACUCCUCUGAUGAAGAUGGAAGAAUCAUUGUUGUCUGGAAGGACCCUGUAAAAGUCACCAUUUUGAACCAAUCGAGGCAGCAGGUUACAUGUGAAGUCCGUUUCCCUUAUAUCGCUCCUUUCAUUUACACAUCGAUCUAUGCUUCAAAUGAAAGAGUUGAAAGGACUGGCUUAUGGGUGGAGCUUCUCCAACUAUACCAAAUGCUAAACCUCUCAAACAUUCCCUGG